AUGUUCUUAUAUAAUGCACUAUAUGCUGAGAUUCGCCUUAUGAAUAAGAUAGUUUUACCUACUGCUACAUCUGGAAUAGUCGCUGCAAAUAUUCCAUCAGGUAGAACAGCACACUCAAGAUUCAAGAUUCCAAUGGAUAGUGAUGCUUCAUUAGCGUGCAGCAUUUCUAAGAAAAGUAGCUUAGCAGCAUUAAUAAAGGAAACAUUGCUUAUAAUCUGGGAUGAAGCAUCAAUGGCAAACAAGCAAAUUCUAGAAUCUCUUGACCUUAUAUUGCAAGACAUAUGCGAUAAUGAUGUACUAUUUGUUGGGAAAGUAAUUGUCUUCAGUAGAGAUUUUCGACAAGUGUUGCCUGUUAUUCCUAACAAGACUCAUAGAGAAGCAGUCGAAGCAAGUGUAGUGAGUAGUUAUAUAUGGCAGUAUUUGAGAAGAUUCAGAUGA